AUGAAAUUGACGUUGGAUAGUAUUCAGUGGCUCAACGAAGUCUCGCCUUAUAAAGCGGCUGAAAAUAAUGAAAAGUCGGAUGAGGUGGAAAAUGAGGCAGACACACUUUCUUCACUAUUAGGUAAGCGAAAAAAAUUGUCUAGGCGCACUUAGAAUGGUUCAAAAGGCCUCUUUUGAGCUCGCUCCCAAAUUUUUCGUACUUUGCGCGCAAGUCGUUUUGAGUCGGGCGCACUUUGGAGCAAACGCGUCGAGCCAUUCUACAUACGACCAACAUUUAGCAAGAAAAUAUUCAAAGAACCUAUUUUUUCAGAAUGGUCCUUGAAACCGGAUACUGUCGGUUCCUGUACGUCCUGUAAAGUUUCCCUGGAUUUCGAAGAUCGAAGUUCAGUCAUUGAACAUUACCAAUCCAAUUGGCAUAAGUAAUAUAUCCCUUUUUUAUCAGUAUAAUGCCAGAAGUAGUUCAGAUUCAACGUGAAACGGGUUUCGAGAGGGAACGCCCCAGUUAAUGAGGAAGAAUUCGAAGAUGGAAUGCAGGAUGACGGGCCAGGUAAAUAGGAAAAUUAUUUUUUAAAUGGAAUCUUAUGAUAGGUGAGAAAUUGUAGACAACUUGUAGAAUAUUUAGUCAUAUAUAAAAUAAUGUUGCAGAUAAAAAAUGAGCAAAACUCACAGGGAAAAUGAUCGUAAACAUCAUUUAUGAAAAAUAAAGCUUUCACUACUAGGUAACGUUUUUUUAGCAUGAUGAAACUUUUUCUAAAGUAUACUUUAAGAACAGAUUUCAAAAAAAUCUUUGGAAUAGACUUUUUUUUUUCUUAUAAAGCUUCAAAGAUUGCAAAAUACACAUAUUAUGAAAAUAAAGCGGUAUUUCAAGCUUUUAAAGUUUCCUGAAUCGAAAAAAGAUAUAUUGCGAGAAUUUUAUCUUCCGGAAAGUCCAAGGGGACACUUCAGCAAAGUUCUAUAAAAAAAAAAUUAACCGGGAGAUGACAAAUGUUCCGUAGUAAAUUUCAUUUAGUAAGUGGAUGAAAAUUUUCGAAAAAAUUUUUUCACUGAAAAAUGAUUACUGUUUCAUAAUUUUGUUAAGACUGAGAAACUUGGUUAUCGUAGUUUAAAUGCGUUUUUUCAGAGUUUCAAUUCUCAACUAACCACACAUACAAACUUUGCGUACCAAGGAAAAACAAAUCUUUUAAAUUUCUUGCAAUUUAUACUCGUAUUCUGAAGUAUUGGUUAUUCCGAACUUUAAUUCAGUUUUAGUUUUUAAGGAUGAUUUUUCUACCCAUGAAAAUUGAAAAAGGCGACUUUUGAUGACUUCCUUCUGUUCGAUGUAUCUUCUACCUUAAGAUUUCAGAAUCAGCCGAAAAAGAGGAGGACGACGAAGAAAUUGAGUUCUGGACCCCCAGUGGCAGGUCCUACUUUAAUCAAAAUGAUAAUAUUUACUCUGUUCCAAGGUAAACCGUUAAAGUGUUUCAUGCAAUUGCUAUACUUUAGAUGUAUACUACGAGACGGUGAAAAUGACGUCACUACGAAUAUUUUGAACAGACCUUUGGAUUGUGCCAUUUUUCUUCUUAGUGCUGGACAUUUCGCCGCGGGCAUUUUUCAUGGGUUCGUUUUCUUUUGAAUUGUGUCAGAACUUGAAAACUUGAAUACUUUUUGCUUUUCAAUGUCUAGGAGCAUUUUUCUGUAAUACAGCUCCGAAAAUUCCUGAUUUUGGGGUUUCCUGUGCAAUUAUUUCUUUAGUUUGCUUACGGUUGAGCCAAUGGAAUAUGAGAAAUUCCAAAAAGUAUUCAGUUCAAGAGGAAGAAAAAUUAUCGAUUACCUACACUAUAAAGAAAAAAAGUUAUUAAUUAUUUAAUCACUUUCUUUUUCGCAGCAUCGGAAUGGAGAUGUUCAAAAAAAUAGCCUUUUUUUCGGAAUUUCAGAGGCUUGUGAGGGCCUCAAACGUCUUUUAUUUAUUUAUUUUUGAUUUUUUAUACUUUUUUUUCCAUUUUCAUCAUUCUUUUACUUUUUAUUUUAAUCUUUUCUUCGAAGCCAUAUUAAGUAAGGAUUUUUCUCGCAAUAUUAUUGAUUGAGACCCAUAGUUUAUGAAAAAAAUCAAUCAAAACAGAAAGACUAAUUUAGCGGUCGAUUAGUUGCCCACCGCGCCUUCCACCGUUACGUGGCCCGUGCCAAACAAGGCGGAGUCCAAUCUCAAUAUGACAAUGCCCAUGGAAACGCCAACAGUGCUGGAGCUGCCCUUAGAAGGUCUUAUCUUUCCUUUUUUCCUCUUAAAAUAUUCCCUUUCUAGAUACAACGAAGCGAAACUACGUGAGGAUAUCGUCCAAAUUGUGACUGGCUGGAAAAAUGUCCUCGAGAAAACUCCGCUCGUUUUCAUCCGAUGUGCGACUUAUCAAAAGGCCAUUUUUCACACGAAUUCUGAUGUCUUGCCCAAGGGAGACAAGAGAAUAAGGUUUGAGAUUUUGAGAAUGUUCAAUUUUUAAAUCAAGAAAUUUUGCCAGGACCUUAUUUUUCAGAAUUGUUUUUAUUGCGAAAAAUAGUUUCAUUUUUGGAACUCUUGAAGUUGGCUAUAAAUUUCGUAAUGAUUUUCUUGGGAAAGGACCAUUUCUUCCAUUUUUUGGCUGUCCAAGUUAAACAUAUAAGUUUAUAACUUUUUAUAAAAUCUAUGGACUUUUUAGUUUUUUUGAUGGUAGUUUUUUAAUUAAAAAAAAUAUUAUUUUGGGACAAUUUUUUUCGAAUUUUUCUGGUUAUUAUUUUUCCAAGUUACUUUUGUUCUGGAUGCCAUCACUUCUGAGACAAAAUUUCAACUUUUUUCAAACUCUUCGCUGUUCCUAGAUUUAAUUUCUUUUUGAAAGGGUGAUUUGCAGAACGAUCCCCUUCGAAACUCGGCGACCGACGCUUGACGAGGUCCAAAGUACUUGGGAAAAGCUGAAAGCCGUUGAGAGUCAUGGUACAAUUGCGGAGUUCAGAAAAGAUAUGCGGAAUCUUUUCGAAAAGCACAGGUUUGCUUCAAUUGAUUGACAGCUGACUUCUUUCGGAAUUUAAAACUUGUUGAUGAAAAAGAUGGUUUGAACAGUCUUUUUUUAUAAAUUAUAAUAUAAUUUCUGAUUUUUUUGAGAAGCUGACACUCAGAAAAAGUUUCAUGAAAAUAAGAAGAUAUGGAAUUAAUUUUUAGGAGGGUAGAAAAAAACGCUGAAUCGAAAGAAAAAAAGACGCCAGAAGAAUGGCGUGGUGAGGAUAUCGAGGAAAAAAAGAGGGCAGAAACAAUGAAACUCGCCAGGAACCCAGAAAGGUGAAAAAAAUAGUUUUUUUAUAGAAAUAAGAAGUUUUUUUAAAGGAAUUUAAAUGAAUCUCAGUGGGUUGUGUUGAAAGUUUUUUUAAUUUCAGAUGAGGGAGACUUUCAGAAAAAGAAAUUGGAUCAUUUGAGCAUUUUUCUUGAAGAAACUGAUCCAUAAUAGAAAAGCAAUAUUCAAAAACCCCCAAAAAAUGGUCCAAAAAGCGUUAAAAAUAUAAAACCCAGAAACUCUUCUACGCAUUUUUUUUAAAACCUGUUCUGAUUUAGGUAG